AUGAAGUUGUUUCGAAAGAAGAGCUCGCCGAAAGAAGGCAGCAAGCAAAGACGUAGUUCUGGUUACUUUGAUGGCCGACGUCGACGAUCAAGUGCGAGCAAAGGGGAAGAAAAGCAUCAUCUACUGGAGACUUCGGCAAUUGAAAGAGAAUCCGAGGUUUCGAAACAUUCAACGUCUCCCUCGAGCAUGCGCUCUCAUCCUCAAGGUGAUAGAUAUACAGCCAGUGUUCCUGAGAUUGAUUCGAUUGUGAACUGUGUUAUCAAUGUUGACAGGAUGAAAAAUGAAGAGAAAUGCAAAGCAACAAAAUCUUCAGAAUCUGUCGACUCUGCUCAUGAAAGCGCGCAAAGAGUUAUGACAGAACAUGCCACAGAGACAAUAAAAAUUGGACCCCCUAAGGUUUCCUUUGCUUCGGACGAGUUGGAGACUCGUGAGGAUCCACCUGGCGAUCAGAACUACCAAUAUGGAGUGAGCCACGGGGAUUCUGCGGACAAUACAGAUAUAAUCUUAAAAGAAGUCUCGGAACAAGCUGCUCCUCCUCCUCGCAAGACUGCGAAAAAAAGCAAGAUCAUCAACUUUCUACUAAAAGGCAGUCCACUACACAAGAACACUCCAUCUAAAGACAAGAAAACAGAUUCACUCAAUACGACGAUUGAAACAUCACGUUCCUCUGAUUCGGAUGAUCCAGCUGCCCUGUCAAGCAGCAGUCAACGGCUCGAGUCUAGAGACUCCGGGGAUUCGCCGAAGGAGGGAAGAACUGGUGAAUCAACAGAGAAGAAAACUCCAGUUCGAACAGGGCCUGUGGAGAUAACAAAUGUUAAUCUAUCGAGAUUGAUAAAGCACAAGAAUGCUCCAAAGAAAGAGCCAGAAACACCCAUACUGAAACCUUUGAAAGCCAACAGAUCUCGCCCGCGUACCAUGUCCAUGUCAAAACGAAACGAAGAACAAUUUCAAAGAUACAUUCAGCGCCAGAAUCGCGGUAGAAAGGUCCGAGAGAGUCAGUUUGUGCCAAGCUUCCAUUGA